AUGCAAGAGGAUGUACCGGUCCACCAUGAACAUUGCACGGGGUUCGUUUGCGUUGAAACAGAUUACCACAGCAUCACGGCUCCAGCAAAAGAUGUCAACUUCUUCACCCUGCUUUCCAGUAUCUCUGACGUCAUCGGGAACCGCGUUGAGGCCAACUAUGCUGCUGCCAAUGUCUUUCUCGAUUCCUUUGCCGCUUUGCGUCGUGCUCGCGGCCAAGCAGUGUGCUCCGUCGAUUUAGACGUAAUAGAAGAUUUUGGCAGUAUUGCAGAAGUUGAGAAUCUGCAAAACGUGUUCGAUACUCGGGUCUUCAGAGUCAUCAACCGCGGCUUGUCAGCUAAGAUCCUUUAG